AUAGUCAGUUUCGUUCCGAGCACGGUCCGAUAAGCAUGUACGUUCUGUGAGUGGAAGAUUCGUCGCGAUAAUAAUUUGUUUUCGUGAAAUUUUUUACUAAUUUGCUCGAGAUAACAAACAAGUCAAGUACGGUUGAGUCGUGUAGCGUUGUGAAAAAGCGAUUUUUCAAGUUUCGUGAAGUAAUUACGUUGCAUAAGGGUCAUUCUUUAUUCCAAAUUGGUGUCCCUUUCCAGGAAGAAUAGAGUUCUUAAUUGCCGCAGUAAGUGAAGGACGUGUUACGUGAAGAGAUCAGUCUGGAACAAAAGUUUUGUGUGUGUUUUUCGGGUAGUUAAACUCGGAAGUAGAAAAAAAUAUUGGUCGUACAAGAAAAAAGGCUGUAAAAGGGAUUUCUUUGGUGCAGUUUAUUCCUCCUUUUUUUGCGCAAAUUAGUGCUGGUUGGCGAACCCAAAGCGUUUUUUCCGUUCUCUUUUGUUGACAAAAAUUGGUAAAGAGCAUCAUCAUCAGCAACAACAGCAGCACCAGCAGCAGCCAGCAGCCGAGGGGUCAACACGACGACCAGGAAUAAAGCAGAAUCAAAGCGCUCUCACAGCAGAGGAGGAAGGAAAAUGUCGUCUUGUUUUGAAAAGUGAUUCAGUCGUACCUCGCGAUAUAGAGAAAGUGUGUUUCGAGCUGGGAAAGGUGAAAAUUGUGUGAAUAAGUGCUACAAUCUCUGUCAUAGUUUUUGAAGCAGCAUUUUGAUUAAAGUGAAAUAGUCUGUUUGAGAUAAGAAAAUUGCAUUCUCCAAAGGCAAAUUGCACGCUGCAUUCGAUCAGACAGAUCCUAAGUGUUUCAAAAAGUCUAUAGAAGAAAAAUCUGAUUUCAAUCAUCCAUCAAAUCAAAACACAAAGCAGCAGAAGAAAUCGAAGGUUCUGUGUCGCAGCAAGUGCUAUAAGGAAUACGCGGAUAUCGAUUGUUUCGCGAGUGCUGCUGGUGUGGUUGGGUCGGAAGAAAUACAUAAUUUUCAUUUUUGUGAUAUACCUGCUAAAUUUCGAAGUGGAGCACACUCUGGUUGUGGUGGCCAGGGGCUCGAGACAAAAUUUGGAAUCAUAGGAUCACUGGAGGAAAAAAACGUCGUCGUCAUUACGGAGACCAACGGAACGGCGAACGUCGUCGUCGUCGACAGUAUGGUGAAACGCACCGACGGCACUGAGUCUCCUAUAAUAACGGAGAGUGAUGCAGACACAGAUAAACCUCGAGUAAAAUACGGCGAACUAGUGAUAUUAGGAUAUAAUGGCUUUCUACCACAAGGCGACCGUGGCCGCCGGCGGUCAAAAUUUGUGCUAUACAAACGCAGCGAUCCGAACGGCGUCAAACGGUCGAAACACUACAUCGUACAAUCACCUCAGACAUCACAGGCAAUACUCGACGCGAAACAGCACUCCAUAUCGUACACACUGUCGCGAAAUCAGGCCGUCAUUGUGGAGUACAAAGAAGAUCCGGACACGGAUAUGUUUCAGGUUGGCCGUUCGUCAGAGUCCCCGAUAGAUUUUGUAGUAAUGGACACCCUACCCGGUGAUAAAAAGGACGCAAAAGUCCUGCAGAGUACCAUAUCGAGAUUUGCCUGCCGAAUCCUCGUCGAUCGAAGUGAUGGCCACAAAGCAAGAAUCUACGCAGCGGGAUUUGACUCCAGCAGAAACAUUUUUCUUGGGGAAAAAGCAACCAAGUGGCAGGACAACGUUGAAAUUGAUGGCCUGACGACAAACGGUGUUCUGAUCAUGCAUCCCAAGGGCCAGUUUUGUGGAGGAUCAGCCGAGUGUGGACUAUGGCGUGAAACGUCCGUUGGAGGCGAUGUGUUUAGUCUAAGGGAAUGCCGAUCGGCGCAGCAGAAAGGCCAGCCAGUGUACGAGGAAACCAAUGCCCUGCAGGAUGGCACUUUGAUUGACUUGUGCGGUGCAACUCUAUUGUGGCGAUCGGCGGAAGGACUGAGGCAUUCUCCAACAAAGAAAGACCUAGAAAAACUGGUAGAUGAAAUCAAUGCAGGGCGUCCACAAUGUCCAGUAGGCCUCAACACAUUAGUAAUUCCUAGAAAAGUGUCAUUGGGAGAACACGUCAAUCAGCCUUAUGUGUAUCUAAAUUGUGGCCAUGUGCAAGGUCAACACGGUUGGGGACAGGAUAAAGCAUCUAAUGCCCGUCGAUGUCCUAUGUGCUUGGAACUUGGUCCUGUUGUGACACUGUGUAUGGGAGUAGAAAACGCAUUCUAUGUAGACUCCGGACCACCAACCUAUUGCUUUAAUCCAUGUGGUCAUAUGGCAACCGAGAAAACUGUCAAAUAUUGGGCUAACGUGGACAUACCUCAUGGCACAAAUGGCUUCCAAGCGGUAUGUCCAUUCUGCGCCACGCCUCUGCAAGGAUCUCCGGGCUACAUAAAACUUAUUUUCCAAGAUAACCUAGACUAACUUGCGUUCCAAAUAUUUCUCGACAACUAAAUCCCCAUCCCUCCCCCGCACGUCAGAAGUAAUGCCUCUUUCCCAGAACAAAAAAAAAAUCACUCCCACACUAAGUCGAAUGAUAUACAAAACGAUCAACUGAUUCGCAUAUAGUUUAUGAUAAUGUAAUUGUUAGUAUAUUUUUAAUCGAAUUAUUUUUAAAUUAAUUAUGAAAAAAAAAACAAAACAAAUCGAGUAAACCGUAUAAUUUUGAAUCAUUGUCUCCAUUGAAACACUGUGUAAAAGCAUGCAAGAGGUGAGAUUGCGAUGGAUUUAGACACAAUAAUCACGCUUGCGCUAAGUUACUAUGUACAAUGACUGCAGCAAACGUGAGAAAUGCGUAUUUGCUAUCACCAUCGGUCAUACAAGUGAUUUGUUAUCAGAUACAAGCGAAGGCAGAGAAAAUUAAAGUGCGGUCUUGUAGCUGAGUUUGUUGUUCACAAUUGUUCUAGGAGCUAAACACACAAAGAUAAAAUCGCAACAACAACAGAAAAAAAAAAUCAGGAGUGUCAUAUUCUCCUUUCGCUAUGAAUUAACUUUGGAAAAUCGGAAGUUUCUCGCAGAUCAGCAACAUAACAGUAAUGCCUUUAGAUAAAAAAAGAAAACAAACGUUGAUCGUUUGUUGGCGAAACAAAAAAAUAACAUGAUUUGAUUAACUGUGGGUCGCACUUUACUCGAGCAGAACGAUUGGUGAUCAAAGCUUUCUUGUUUGAAAUAGUGAAAGUAAUGUGCAUUUUUUUGUAACGUUGAAUGACUUGUUUUUAAGUAGUUUCUGACGUUUGGCCAAGUACUGUUUAGGUAAUGUUUUCGUUCGAUUUCAUGUAUUUCCAAAACCAGGAACGAUUUUGAGUAGAGUGUAGGAAAGAAGACUAUGUUUAAACGCGCAUCUUAUUUAAAUCAAUAUUGUGUAUAAAGUAUAUUAAGUAUAAAAAGUCUUAGCAAAAAAGCGUGUGUGUGAUGUAAGGAA